GUGCCCAAGGCUGCAUACUCGAUAAUGAGAUGGUGAGGCUAUAUUGUAGUAUAGUCAACAAAGGUUGUGUAGUAAGACUUGCAUUUGCCGCUGCUUUAUUUGGAGAACCAAUGGAAGCACUUUUCUGGCUGCAAUUACCUGAUGCCAUUAACCACUGGAUGAAGAAGUUGGUUAACAAGUCUCCAAUAAAAGUUUCUCAGUCAGCUACCCAAGAACUUGAUGAGGCAACUAUGCUUAAUCGGAUAUCAUCAAAAGGAAAAACAGCAUCUGAAUCACAAGAACGAAAUGAGGGCAAAAAUAAAUUGAGGUUGAUGGCUUUUGAAGAAGAAGAGUUACUGAAGUGUGCUAAGGAGCGUAUCCUUUGGCAUGAGAAACUUGAGGGUGAAGAGGCUAUUCAAAACCGUGUUCAUGAACUUGUGUCUGUUGGAAACUUAGAAGCUGCUGUUAGUUUACUGCUGUCAACUCCUCCAGAUAGCUCAUAUUUUUAUACAAAUGCAUUGCGUGCCGUUGCUCUUUCAUCUGCGGUGUCACAGUCUCUACUUGAACUUGCUGUGAAGGUUGUUGCUGCAAAUAUGGUUAGAACAGACAAUUCAUUAUCUGGUACACACCUGCUCUGUGCAGUUGGGAGAUAUCAAGAAGCUUGUUCUCAGCUACAAGAUGCUGCAUGUUGGACAGAUGCUGCAACAUUAGCUGCCUCUCAUUUACAAGGAUCUGAUUAUGCCAGGGUUUUGCAACGGUGGGCUGAUCAUGUGCUGUCUUCUGAACAUGACAUUUGGAGGGCACUUGUCUUGUAUGUGGCAGCCGGUGCAUUCCAAGAGGCAUUGGCUGCACUCCGUGAGGCCCAACAACCGGACACAGCAGCCAUGUUCAUCCUGACUUGCCGUGAAACUCAUGCCGAACUACUCUCCGGUUUUGACAUUGACGACAAAGCCAUAGCAUCUGUCAAGGAUAAGUUGGUUAGUUUGCCCGGACUGAGCCCUGAAAGCGAAGAUGCUAUGGCAGUGGUUGAAUAUUAUGGGCAAUACCAACGAAAACUAGUCCAUCUUUGCAUGGACUCUCCACCUUUCUUCGACUAAGCAGACCUUUGUUGUGUGUUUUUCUCUCUCUCUGAGAGAGAGAGAGAGAGAGUUAUUUAGAGGGGGUUUGGGGGUGUAGUGGCUUUUUGGAAAAGCAUGAAUGAAAAGUCUUGAACUGAAAAACAAACACGGGUGUUUGCGGUUUUGCUUGAAAGUUGCUUUGAAGUUUCUGCUUCGCCUCGCUUCCACUUAUAGAUUAUGACUUUAGAAAUUUAAAUUAGGUUCUUGAAGUGCUUUUAAGCAAAGCUAAGACUCUGUUUUCCGUUUCUACUUAUAAAUAUACCAUCUUAGUCUUAGUUUUGCCAAAAAUUACUUUUGGAGCUUAAUUUCCAGUUCUAUAGUCACAAUUCUUAAGCUAAAGCAGAUUGUCAAACGUACACUAUAAACUAUAUUUUGAUGAAUCAGAAGCUCAAAAGUUGUUUUUG